AUGAAGCUUCCUCGGGCUGUUGCGUGUCUUCUCCUCCUCGUCGUCGUCUUUGCUGCUGCUCGUGUGGAGGCCCGAGUCACACCUUCCUCACGGCGGCCCAAGAACCAAUGGUCAAGCAUGUUUGUCUUCGGGGACGACUUUGUCGACAACGGCAAUGUUCCGAACAACAUUGGUGAAAAGACAUCACGUCAAUGGAGCUACCCAUACGGCUCCUAUCUCAACACUCAUUAUGCUACGUCUCCUGUUUUGGCCGGGCGCUUCUCCAACUACAGGAUGCAAUCAGAUUUUAUCGCAAGGAUGUUGGGCCUCAAUGAAGCCCCUCCAGCGUACGAGCUCACAUCAGAUCAAUCUUGUGACUCAUCUGGCAUGACCUUUGCUUUUGGGGGCGCUGGUGUCUUCAAGGUGAAGACCAAGAAGGUGCCGACCCUUGCCGCACAGGUUCAAACUUUCAAGAGGCUUGUCAACGACGGGGUCAUCUCAACACAUCAGCUUCACCACUCCGUCGCGCUCAUCGCCAUCUCCGGCAAUGACUACAUGAGCGACUCCGACAUUGAGACCGGCUUCUACACAAGCUUCGAUGAUCUCGAUACUUACAUCGGAAACGUGGCGACUGAGAUCCUAGAUAAUGUGGCGCAACUGCAGAUGCUUGGUGUGAGAAAGGUGCUAGUAAACAAUUUGCAUCCCAUUGGUUGCACACCUUUGCACACUAGUUCGAACAACUACACCACAUGCGACCUUCUCGGCAAUUAUGGCGCGUCCGUGCACAACAAGUAUCUAAAGCAAAUGAUCGAUGUAAGGGACAACGUUCACAUUCUGGACCUCUACACCGCUUUCACUGACAUCGUCAAUCACGCCCCUGAUGGAGGAUCGGAUCAGUCCAAGGAUUUCGAUGGCAAGCUGACCCCAUGCUGCGAGAGUACCGGUGAGGGAGGGUUCUGUGGAGAGCGUAGCCAUUCAGGGAAGCGCCUCUACGACCUAUGCGAAAAUCCCGACAAGACGUUCUACUGGGACCAGACACACCCUACACAUGCUGGGUGGGAGGCUGUAAUGAAGGCGCUGCAACAGCCUUUGACGGAGUUUCUUGAUGAGGACUACAUUGCAUAA